AUGAAUACUAAUGAUUGUAUGAGUUUUGAAGAUUUUACAAAAUUAUGUGGAAUUUCUCUGCCUUCUCCUAUUGAAAAUGAUCAUCAUCGAACAAAUCAAAAUAGUAAUAAUGAUCAAGAAGAUUUAUUUCAAAUAAUGAUAGAUAAUCGAGUUAAUGCUUUACAUGAAGAUUUAAAAAAUGAUCUUAAUAGAACAAAAAUUUCAAUGCAAACUAAUUUUAUUGUUGAAUUAGAAAGACUUAAAAAUGAUUUAAUGAAACAAAUUGAAUCUCAUUCAUUAAAUGCUCAAUUAAUCGAUGAAAUCGAACGUCUUAGAGCUGAAAAUAAACGAUUACGUCAAUUACAACCUAGGCUUUAA